AUGAUAUCCUGCCCAAAUGUGGUUCUUCAUUUUAUGAUCUCAAAACAACCAGCAAAUAUGGAAACUUUUUAUUUCUCUACCCGAUUUUAUGUAUUUCUUCUAUCCAUCUCUACAGUAUUAUGCACGUACGGUUCGCCCAUCCAACGAGGUCUCAUCACAUCGGGUCCAUGCACAUUUCCCCUACCGACAUCUGCCAAUUUUAGUGUUUUCUGCCAAAUUCCGUAUCAUAAGACCCCAUACGUCUGCGAUCCAGGCGGCAUUCUAUCCCGUACCGAAGUUGAAAUGCUCCAAAAAACUGCUCAAAAACUGAAUAUGACCUCUUGUUUCUGUUCAAAAUAUGGGAAUUGUCAGCCCGGAAUUCGAAUCGCCGUCGUUUUAUUGCCAUUUGUCAGUUGGAAUUCGAUUCGAGAGUGCGAUCCGACGUAUACAAGUUCAUCGAUUUCGACAUCAACUAUUUUAUAUGCACAAUUGUUGUCUGUUCGGUGGCAAGAACACUGUGACGCCGAUGUGAUCUUCGUCUACAUUCAAAGUUGGCAAACCGAACGUCUUCGAACGCCGCUUCUGAUUCCUCUAUUCGGUGACCAAUGGCCUCAUCUCCGUCGAUUUUCGAUUCCUUUGGUGACGGCGGCAAGAGAAACUGCUCUGAUUUCUCUUGAGAAUGCAAUGUCCCAUGCAAGUCGUCUAAUCCAUGUAGAUUUAUCACCGGCGCACGCUGCAAUUCCUCGAUGGGCUCUGGCUUUUGGUGGAAUUAUGCUCUCUAUUGUCGCUGCGGCGAUGUAUGUAGCAAAUUGUAUAAGCCAGAAAAUGGGACAAAGGCGCCAAAAAUCGUUGGUUCCAAAGCGUGGAAACGAGAAGUUCCGUGCUGGAUUCGGCGGUGGAGUGAUGAUGAACAAUUCUGGAAGUCAGAAAAAGAAAUCAGUCAUGAUGUUCCGGACUUUUUCGAAAAGUAACCAUAAUAACAAUAAUAAUCGUUUAUAG